AUGAAUAAGGUUCACAAACCUAGUGGUACCACACAUCGCAUAAGGGAGCAGCUAAAUUUCAGCGAUGACAAAAAAUGGAAACAGUUUUCUUCCAGAAGGCUUGAAUUAAUUGAUAAGUUCAAUUUGAGUGAGAGGAAGGCCAGUGAGCAAGAUGAAAAUAUUAGACAAAUUGCCCAUAUACUGAGGACUGAAUUCGGGUAUCCUACCAUUACUUCGUCGGAGUUUGAAAAGUUGGUUACGGCGGCUGUGCAGUCCGUAAGACGUAAUAGGAAACGGUCUACAAAAACCAGAUCGAAACGAUCUGAGAUGAGUAGUGCCACUUCGGAUGAGGACUGGCUUAUUUCAAGAACAACUUCUCCAGUACAUUCGCAUCAUUCAGGGGCUUCAAGUUUGGCAUCAUCAUCGACAACUCACGCUGCUUCAAAUCCAUCUUCUGUGCCGGCAUCCCAAGUCGCUCCACAUGCCACAUUACAACCCUCUCAAAACCAUACACCUCAAAUGCCACUUCUGAGUGGCAGUUCACUACCCAUACAUUCAUCCACUUCUUCUACCAAUAACAUAAACAGUCCGGCUCCAAUAAUUCAGCCAAAACCUAUUCGCAUGGUGUACAAGUCAUCUACUUCCCUACAUCAACAGCUGAAUAACUCAAACACUUUCAAGCAAAGCUAUGACGAAUUCAUGAGGGAUGUUAUCAAAGACUUGACUACGAAUCCAAUAAAUGUUCAACAAGAAAAUGAACAAAAAAGUCAAGCAAACCUUGCUGACUUGGCUCUAUCUACCCAUGAUUUCUCUCUUUUGAAUUUAGCUUUGACAAAGAAUAAGAGCAAUAACGCGGGAAAUGAUCAAACUGAUCAACAACAUCCGCAACAACAACCGCAGCAGCAGCAACAGGAUACAAUUCCAUUCUUUUUGAAAGAAAAAUUGAUGCAUUUCAUUCAAAAUUCGAAGACGUUGAUAGAUCUUUCUUCGAAUUUGAAUACACAAGAAAACAACAACUUACUGAAACUAGGACAACAUGUAAUAUUAUCAUCCAUCUCCUUUGUGCUAGAAAAAUUUUUCAGCAACUUGUCUGUGAAUUCAGUAGACUACCUGCACGACAAAUUAUCAUCGUGUGACUCCUUAUCCGAGAUGUGUAUCAAACUAAUUGGCAGUGGUACAAAACGGAAUUUGAAUCAAUUGCCUCUAGAGUGGAGAGUUAAAUUAUUGAAUUUCAUUCUAGGAGGUGUUGUUAAGGAUUUUGGCUUUGAUCCAUGUGUGUAUCCAUUGGCGGAGAUUUUCCAUGACUCCAUCUUGAAGAAAUAUCCAUUAGUUUGCAAAGACGGGAAAUCAAGUGGAACUAGCUCCUUUAAGAAUGCUGUUAUUGCUUCUUUACCACUAAAACCUGAGUUUGCAAACAAAGAUAUGAAUAAAAAGGUUGUUAUCAAAUUUGGUGACAAAGAACAAAGGUUUGUGUUUCAUCUUUUGAGCAACGGAGCUCCAACGAUCCACGAAAUUUUAGAGAAUAGUUCAAUUCUUUUCCAGAUCAAUAAGGAAAAGAUUUCUUCAUUAGUCAUUGUACAUCGUAACGAAAUUGUGAAAGAUGAUGCCCAACUGGCCUCUUUAUUGAAUGGCUUUUCAAAUGAAGAAAUUGUUUUAGAAAUUAAUGACCACUCGAAGCUCACGAAUUCCAACAGUUCUUCAAUGAAUGGGUUACAAAUUCUCAGUAGCGUUUCUCAAGUUGCAGCUGAAAACACCGCAUCUUCUCCUUCUUGCAUCACCGCUUUGGACAACAUUAUUAGCAGAAUUGCUUCACCAAUCAGUUCCAUAAAGAAGGAAGAGUCUUCAUCGCUUCCACCCCUGUUGCAUCCUCCAUCAAUACCAAACAAACACGGCAAAAAUUUUGUUAAUGGAUUACCUCAACCGGUAUUCCAACCAUUAUUAUAG